CACCCAAAACCGAUACAAAUUCUGUUUCGAAUACGAAAUCUUUGAUAUUCUGCCUUUGCAAAGCAAUUGCCCGAUGCGACUCGCCUGUACAUUUGUCGGAUUCAUAUUUGUUACUAACUUAUGUUCUUGUUAAAAAGUAAAGACGUAUUUGGGUGUAUAGAGUCACUCCGAUUCCAACUCGCUUCAUCAUUCUGAUCAUUUAUAUAUGUAUAUAUAUACAUACAUAUGUAUGUAUGUACAUAUAUAUGUAUAACCCCUUAUCAAACUCGAUUAUUUUUACCAUAAGUGAUAAAAACAACCGUUAAGCGAACAAAAGUACUCUGUAGCAACAUGUUGCAAGAGUAUAAAAAUAUACUAUAUUAUUAUAGGUAUUAUAUGUAUACCUAUGAACUUUAACUUGCUUAGUUUACGUUAUUUUUAACUAUCUAUUGCAAAUUCAAAUCGUCAAGUAUAUCAAUCAGUGCUCUCAAAAAAUUAUUUACAACGGAUAUCAAACUGAUUUUCAGCCGUGCUAAAAGGAUCAGAUUAUUUUUAACCUGAAAAAUAUUUAGAGUGUGAAAUAUGAUUUUGUUUUUUCGUAAAAAUAAAUGUUAUUAAAUAUCAAUAAUUACUUUGCAAAAAAACACUACCUUGUUUCUACUAUUUUGUGGUAGUAACGUAUUUUUUAAAAUUCAAUCAAUAGAGCUGUUUUUCAGAAUUUUUUUACACAAAACAUAUUUUGAAAAGAUUUUAGUCAGACGAGAGCGUAUUAAAAAUUAGUUUUUUAUUUAAAUUGCGAAACUGGUCCAGUGAUCAAAUAUAAUAUCGAAAGUGUACUAAGAGCCCUGCAAUUUUCUCUUACUAAUUCAUACGCUCCUCUUAAAUUUAAUCUAAUCUUCGUUUCCAAUUAAUCCAAUAUUCUUUGCCUUUUAGUAAUUUAUAAUUGAUAACAAUUACCAGUAGCAGUAAAGGCUCAUAGUUUUCAGACUUUAAGCGUUAAAGGCAACUUGAAAAAUGCGCGAAAUCGUACAUAUACAGGCCGGACAAUGUGGCAAUCAGAUUGGCGGUAAAUUUUGGGAAGUGAUAUCUGAUGAACAUUGCAUUGAUGCCACAGGCACUUAUUAUGGCGAUAGCGAUUUACAACUAGAACGUAUUAAUGUGUAUUAUAAUGAAGCUACUGGUGCCAAAUAUGUACCUCGUGCCAUUUUGGUCGAUUUAGAACCGGGCACUAUGGACUCGGUACGUUCUGGGGCUUUCGGGCAAAUCUUCCGUCCGGAUAAUUUUGUAUUUGGUCAGUCAGGAGCGGGAAAUAAUUGGGCCAAGGGCCAUUAUACAGAAGGCGCAGAACUGGUGGACUCCGUACUUGAUGUUGUACGCAAAGAGUCGGAAGGAUGUGAUUGUCUACAGGGAUUUCAGUUAACGCAUUCUCUUGGUGGCGGCACAGGCUCUGGCAUGGGCACACUAUUGAUAUCGAAAAUUCGUGAAGAAUAUCCUGAUCGUAUUAUGAAUACAUUUUCUGUAGUGCCCUCGCCUAAAGUAUCCGAUACUGUGGUAGAGCCAUACAAUGCUACGCUGAGUGUACAUCAGCUGGUAGAAAACACUGAUGAAACAUACUGCAUCGACAAUGAAGCUCUAUAUGACAUCUGUUUCCGUACGUUAAAGCUAACUACGCCUACCUAUGGUGACCUAAAUCAUCUGGUAUCUGCAACAAUGUCUGGAGUAACGACAUGUUUACGCUUUCCUGGUCAGCUAAAUGCAGAUCUGCGAAAGUUGGCUGUGAAUAUGGUGCCAUUUCCUCGUUUACAUUUCUUUAUGCCUGGUUUCGCUCCCUUGACCUCUCGUGGUUCGCAACAGUAUCGGGCACUAACCGUACCUGAAUUAACACAACAGAUGUUUGACGCUAAGAACAUGAUGGCUGCUUGCGAUCCGCGUCAUGGGCGGUAUUUAACGGUAGCAGCCAUAUUUAGAGGGCGUAUGUCAAUGAAGGAAGUGGACGAACAAAUGCUGAAUAUUCAAAAUAAAAACAGCAGCUUCUUUGUGGAAUGGAUUCCAAAUAACUGCAAAACAGCUGUUUGUGACAUACCUCCACGUGGCUUAAAAAUGUCCGCCACAUUUAUUGGAAAUUCAACAGCGAUUCAGGAAUUGUUUAAACGAGUUUCCGAACAAUUCACGGCAAUGUUUAGGCGUAAAGCUUUUUUGCAUUGGUACACCGGGGAGGGUAUGGAUGAGAUGGAGUUUACCGAAGCAGAGAGCAACAUGAACGAUUUGGUAUCGGAAUACCAACAAUAUCAAGAAGCGACCGCUGAUGAAGAGGGAGAAUUCGACGAGGAUGAAGAAGGAGGUGGAGAUGAAUAACAGUUCCCUCAGAUGUAAAGAUGAUAGCUAAUGUGUCUAAUUCAUAAGUUUUGCUAAAUUUUAACUUUGGGCGCAGAAUGCAAUUGUAAAAUUGGAUUGUAGCAUGCUUAAUUUGUAAUUUAUCCCUCAGUCAGCACUUUGUGUUCAUAUAUAAUAUUUGAUUCCUAUCUGCUGUAUACACGCAUUUCAGUGGAAUUUAUUUUUCUUGUAAUCUUUUUGAAUAAUUUGUCAAUAGAACGAAACUAAAUACACAAUUAUGUAUGUCCAGAUCAAAUUAAAAAAAAUAGAAAAAUUUUACAUUA